AUGGAUACCAAUGUCGUUUUAUGUUGUCCAGCAUACGCCCCCCAAUUAGGCUCCCAACUCCGCAUCACUCAUGCUCAAUUAAACAUCGUCGGCGGGGCAGGAAACGUCGGUGGCAGUAUCAGCGGUCCUGUUGUGGGACGAAUUGUUGACUCCCGAGGUCCCCGAAUCCUGUUUGUGUGCGCCUUUCUUUUCCUUCUUGGAGGAUACUCUGGAAUACGAUAUAUCUAUGACAAGGGUAUUCCAGAGGACGCUACUUCUCUUUCCGCGUUCAGCUUCUCCCUCCUAAUCUUGUUCGGGUUCAUGACUGGCGCUGGCAACCAUUGUGGUAUCACGGGUGCACUUAAUACCAUUGCAAAAACUUUCCCAGAUCGCAUGCGCGCAUCCGCAAGCGGACUAGUUAUCUCGGGCUUGGGCCUGUCAGCCUUUUUGUUUUCCACCAUCUCCCACGCGUUCUUUGCGGGCGACACAUCGUCCUUUCUGCUUCUGUUGGCAAUUGGAACAUCACUUCCUAUGAUUCUGGGUUUUUUUCUCGUACGCCCCAUCCCUCUACCGCCGAGUGAAGAGGAAAUACCCUUGGAUACUCGAUACCCUGAUGAUAGCAGCAAUACGCCAUUACUAGAAGAUAGCGGUGAUAAUGUGAGCGGUGAUGACGAGGAAAAUGGGCUAGGUGAUGAUGAUGAUAUAUCACUAUUGGUGGCCGAAUUGUUAACAUUUCAUCUUUCGACUGGGCAAGAAGAUGGUGAUAGAAAUUUAACAACGACCCCUUCCCAACGAGUAAGGGGUCCAAGCCAUACGCCAGCUACAAGCCCGGAACUGUUCCCAAAUCUAUACGGGAGGAAAUUAUGGACAAGCGGAGAUUUUUGGUUGUUGUUUACUCUCCUUUCCCUGCUCAGCGGGACGGGUUUGAUGUAUAUCAAUAACGUCGGUUCAAUGGCUCAAGCCCUAUACGGUUACAAAAAUCCUCAGUACAAUCCGAUCAGAGCUUCCCAAUGGCAGGCAACGCAAGUCUCUACAAUAAGUCUCAUGAAUUGUGCGGGGAGGCUCUUCAUCGGCGUGAUAUCCGACUGGGGCAAAAACCAUUUUGGCGUGCCGCGUUCAUACUUCCUCACGCUCGUCUCGUUUCUCUUCUUCACCUCUCAGUUAGCUACAGCCUUCAUUCACGAUAUAAAAAGGCUGUGGAUCGCCAGUACCCUCCUCGGUUUCGCGUACGGGAGUCUUUGGUCACUAUUCAUAAUUGUAUGUCUGGAGUGGUUCGGGAUGCCCCAUUUCUCCGAGAACUGGGGGUAUCUAUCUAUGUCACCCAUGAUUUCAGGAAAUCUUUUUUCUAUAAUAUUUGGGCGGAACUUUGACGCGCAUGAGGGUGUCCAGACAGAGGUCAUACAUUAUCCGAGGGCUUCUCUCAAGCUAAUCCAUGAUUCUGAUCCCACAACCUCUGCCGAUCUUAGAUGUAUCCAAGGUUUAGAAUGCUACAUUGACAGCAUAUACCUGACGAUUGGAAUUACCUUGUUGAGUAUACUUCUCAGUGUGUGGGCUGGGUGGAGAGACAAGUGGAGAGGCUGA